AUGGGAACUAACCCAAAAAGGACAGUGACGGUCCAGAUGGUGCCUCAGCUGGCCGUGGUGGACACGCUGGGCAACAAGGAGCCGAACGCCAACUGGACUAAAGAGCCAAACCUCAAACUGUCUCAGGUCUGUCCAAAAACCUCCCUCACAUCUCCAGACCGCAAACAGGAUAACUCAUCUCUGACUCCUGUUUCUAGAACCUUUAAAACAGCUUCCACAGGGGGUGAACCAGUUAGCAGCACUGUGUCAGACAAAGCAGCACCUUCUAAUGGAAACGAGACCAAAUCUGAGCCCGUGAAAGGCGGAGAAACACAGACACCUGACCUCUCUCUGGGUGUGGGCGAGCGGAGGGAUUCUAAUGCCAAUAUGAAGAUGUUAAGCCCUGCUGAUGAGAAGGAGAUCUGUAAGGCUGCUGUGUCGUCUGCUCUUUCAGCGUCAAAGGUCGACAUGCAGACCAGUGACUGCAGAAUAAAAGGGCCAAGUGCCACAGAGGAGCAGUGUGCACAGAUGACAUCCACGGCUAAAGCUCCAACACAAGAGGAGAGUACAAAACAUGUUUCUUCAAGUAAUAAAAAUGUUAAAAAUGCCUGUGAGUUAAGGCAUAAUGCAGCGGAACCACAACAGGACAAAAAAGGGGGUAUCCCAGCCUCAAAAGACAAGGUCUCAGAGAAACCCAAAGAGCCUGAUCAUACACAUACCUGCUCAAAAAACACUCUCAUGUCUAAACCCAAACAAAACACAGAAACAUCUGCAGUGCCGCCUAUCUCUGACAAAGACGCAGGAGCUGGAUUUACAAAUAGGAAUGCAACUUCAACACAUCUAGGAAAGGAUUUAACUUCAGCAAAUAAACCACAAGUCUUUUCAGAUAAACAUCAGCCGGCGACUUCACAGGCGGCCUCCUCCGCUCUGCCACAGGCAACAAAAAACAUGGCUGCACAUGCGCAGGUGGCGGAAGAAUCCAGCCAGACAAACACAGCUGUCGGUGAAGGGCAGCAGCAGCCCUGCAAGCAGUACAGAGAGGCCUCUACUAUGACCUCAUCCCUGUCGUCCACCCCGGUGAGGCAGCGUCAAGAUACGGAGGUUCAAGCUGUGGCGAAUACGUGCAGUAAGAGUGUGGCCACAAGUCCGAGCUUGAUGCCCUUUGCUGCGACUCGCAGGCAGAGCGGUGGUGUGAGGGAAGACAUGCAGAAUCUGGCUGUAGUGUACAGUGUUGAUGGGAAUUUGGGGCUGCAUCAGAUGAAUACAGCUCAUCUAUUAGGGUCAGAGAGACUCACGGUUGAAGUGGAGAUGUGCCCCAAUCAGAAUGCGAACGUGGUUUUUAACUCAGAUUCAUCAGACAAAAGGCUCGGAGCAAAGCCUAAAGAUCCUGGGUCAACUCUCUGCAACACCCAGCCUGUUUAUCAAAUCAACAUCGAACACAACAAUCACAAGGAGCAAGGAGAGAUAGGAAACUCCCACAAUAAAGCAACUGCAGCCUCUGCAGAAGAUCCGUCUCUGAAAGCAGGAGGUCCCCCUGAGACAGCCGGUGUUAUCAAGCCUGGAUCUGCUGACAGCAACAAGGCUGCGUUGUCUCAGGCUGCUGUUUCAACCAAGUCCAACCAGACCCUGCCAACAACAACAUCAACAACAGACACUGCAUCAAAGUCAGCACCAGCUAAAAAUAAAGCUGGGAGUCCUGAAGAGAAGAACGAAGAUGGAAGUAAAGCUCAGAGAUCUGGCAAACAGAAGCUAGUACCCGAGAAAGAGGAAGAGGAAGACGAGUCGGCGAAGGAGAAAGGAAAAAGUGUCCAUGACGUCGUCUGGGACGAACAAGGCAUGACUUGGGAGGUCUACGGCGCCUCUGUAGACCCAGAGUCCCUUGGAUUUGCCAUCCAGAGCCACCUGCAGUGCAAAAUCAAGGAGCAAGAGAGGAAACUGAUAGCCAGGACCUCAAUCAGGAAAUCUGUAUCUGGGGUCGACUCGCCCCAAAAAGGCAGGAAGAACAAGAGGAGGCAGCAGAACAUUUUCAGGUCAAUGCUGCAAAAUGUCAGACGGCCCAACUGCUGUGUGCGCCCCCCUCCCUCCUCUGUCCUCGACUAACACGGACACAGAGAGCUUCAAACCCUUCCUUUUUUCCUAGAGGUCAAAAUGUUUGCCCCUUUCCUUUCUCUGUCAAUGCCAAGAUAAAGGGGGCAUGGAUCCCUGUACGUAAGUAUACCGGAGUGUUGUAGCAUAAAGAGUCAAACUAUGUGUGAUGUUUGUGAUCGAAGAGGGUAGAAAAUAGAUGUAUACCAUGAGCAACUUAUUUUCUAGACAUAGAUAUAAAAAAGCGAGAGAGAAAAGAGUUUUUUUAACAUAACAAAGGCAAUAAUAGAAAAACGCAUGUAUAUUAGCUACAGAGGCAGGUG